UACAACUGACUUCAUUGCUUGGAGUUAUAUAGGAAAUGGAUUCUUCACUAUUCGAUCGGUUUAUUUGAAGGGAUGAAAUCAACAAUAUGGAAGAAAAUUGCAACACACAAAUUGUAUGGGUAGAAUCAAUAUAAAUCCUAUUUGGGCUACGAUUUGAAAAACUAUCUUGUUUGGAUUGAUUGUGUCCCUACCUUUCUCCCUAACUCUAUAUGCAACAUCUUUGUAAUCACUCUGAAUAAUAUCGUCCAUCAGUGAAGCGUCACGUGUGAUGCCGAGCUAGUCAACCUUCUUCCGUGCAAGCAUGCUGCGCACGCCAACGACGACGCACAUAGUCAUAGACCCGUGCCUCUCCCAGCUUCUCUACCACCAACUGGUCAGCCUAAUUUCCUGCUUGUAUAAAUUAACAACAAGGAGAACGAAGAUAUUACUACCAUAUGCACUUACAAAUUCAGUUCAGAGCACAGGCACAGGAGAGUAGAUAGUGUAAUCGUGAGGGGAAGAGAUCGGUCGAGAACGAUGGCCGGCGAAGGAGAAGGCGUCAAGCUGCUGGGCACCGUGGUGAGCCCGUUCGCGGUCCGCGUGCGCAUGGCGCUGCACCUCAAGGGCGUGAGCUACGAGGACCUGGAGCAGGACCUGUUCGACAAGGGCGAGCUCCUCCUCGCCUCCAACCCGGUGCACAAGAAGGUCCCCGUCCUCAUCCACGCCGGCAGGCCCGUCUGCGAGUCGCUCGCCAUCGUCGAGUACGUCGACGAGGUCUGGGCCGGCGCGGCCUCGCUCCUCCCCGCCGACCCAUAUGACCGUGCCGUCGCCCGCUUCUGGGCAGCCUACGUCGACGACAAGGUGGUCCAUGCGAUGUUAGCCAUCCUGCGCGCGACCACCAAGGAGGAGCGAGCGGAGAGGCUCGACGCCGCGCUCGCGGCGGUCAAGCCCUUGGAGGACGCCUUCGACGCCUGCUCUGGCGGCAAGGCCUUCUUCGCCGGCGACUCCGUCGGGUACCUCGACGUCGCGCUCGGGUGCCACCUCUUCUGGUUCGAGGCGCUGCGCGAGAUGUUCGGCGUGACGGUCGUCGACGCCGGCAGGACUCCGCGCCUGGCCGCCUGGGCUGGAAGGUUCCUGGAGACGGAGACGGCCAAGAAGGCGGCGUCGCCGAUUGAGAGCAUAGUGGAAUACGCCGGGAAGCUGCGGGCUAUCUGGGCUGCUAUGGCCGCCGCUGCCAAGUAACUUAAAGUGGCUGGGAAGCGAAAAUCCAUUUACGAGCCUAGGCUCAUCUGUAGCCCCGCUAAAUAAUUUUUCUAAAUAAAUAUUAAUUUUAAAAA